CCAGAACCAUGACCAACAGCGGCGCUCCAGCACCAAAUCGGGCAGCUGCCGCCCGAUCCCCCCCGGCACCACGAGGCCGUCUGCGCUCCGUUUUCCUCCUUCCCGGUGCCGUUCCGUGAAUCUUUGCUCCUCUCUUCCUUCCAGCGAUGGCAGCCAUAAGGAAGAAGCUGGUGAUCGUGGGGGAUGGUGCCUGCGGGAAGACGUGCCUGCUGAUCGUCUUCAGCAAGGACCAGUUCCCUGAGGUCUACGUGCCAACCGUGUUUGAGAACUACAUCGCCGACAUCGAGGUGGAUGGCAAGCAGGUAGAGCUGGCGCUGUGGGACACGGCUGGGCAGGAGGACUAUGACCGGCUGCGGCCCCUCUCAUACCCGGACACGGAUGUCAUCCUCAUGUGCUUUUCUAUCGACAGCCCAGACAGCCUCGAGAACAUCCCUGAGAAGUGGACCCCGGAGGUGAAGCACUUCUGCCCCAACGUGCCCAUCAUCCUGGUGGGGAACAAGAAGGACCUGCGCAACGAUGAGCACACACGGCGGGAAUUGGCAAAGAUGAAGCAGGAGCCUGUGAAGCCAGAGGAGGGGAGAGAUAUGGCCAACCGGAUCAACGCCUUCGGCUACCUCGAGUGCUCGGCCAAGACCAAGGAGGGCGUGCGGGAGGUCUUUGAGAUGGCCACACGUGCAGGCCUGCAGGUCCGCAAGAACAAGAAGCGCCGGGGCUGCCCGCUGCUGUGAGCAGGAAGGGCUCUGCUCCGUGCCUGUCCCCGACCCUCUGCCCCAGAGCUGUCCCCAGGCACUGGGGCAUCCCUGUGCCACGCUGUGUGGCGAUGCCUUCGUUCCCCAUCGCUCUCUAUGGGCUGUGAGGUCUCUCUGCCUUGAGCAGGGCUGGCAGAAGCAGGGGCUGCUGGCUGUUCCCCGCACUGUGCUGGCCCCAGCUGCCCCAUGGCCUUUAUGGACUCACCAGGGCUGUGCUCAGCCCUGCCCUGCAGAGAUGUGCUGCGAGGAGUGCCAGCAGUGCCCUGCACCCUGGGUCUGCCCCGGGGCAGUGCCUUGUCCCCACAUCCACCAUUAGAAUGACGGUGCCUUCUUCGAGUCCGAGUUCCUCAUAGACUCUUAGCACCAGUAUGCUCAGCUGAGUAACUGGGAGAAUAAAUGCUAACUGGUAUUUGA